AUGACAACUCGUGGUAAUUCUUCCAAUUUCUCAAAUGGAUUUGCCACCAACUUCACCGCUAUACCGGCUUCAUCUGCAGAAUUCACAGCCAUUACCGUGACGCGCUUUGUCCUCAACACCGGCGUCGUGCUGAUCAUGCUAAAAGACCGAAGCCUCCACUCGUCCUUCAACGUUUACGUUCUCGUUUUGCUAUGCGGCAACAUCUUGUACGCCGUAGUGGAUGGUCCUCUGAAAAUUCUGACCUUCGCUACCCGUUGGUGGUUGGGUAAUGUAGCCUGCAACGUAGAGGUGUAUUGUAUACAGAUUCUGGCUUCGGUGAUCCUGCACACGCACGUUCUGAUCAGUCUCAACCGCCUCUGGGCGCUAUUCUGGCCGGUGUCCUACCGGCAGCGCCACACGACGACAGUCGCCUGGCUGAUCUGCUUAGGCAUGGUGGUAUACGUCCACGUGUUUCAGUUACCAGCAGUUAUUAUUGACGCGCUGUAUUACCGCAAUCUGGACCGAGGCUGCUUCUUCAACCGCGCCGCUCAGAAAACUUGGGCGACUGUUCAGAGUGUCUGGUUCUUCCACAUCCCCAUCUUCUUUGUCCCGGCGUGCUAUCCGUUAUUGUUGUGGAAGCAAUUGAGUCGGCGGAAGACGUUAAAGCGCACGGGUCCAACAACCGAUGUCAGUUCGAUGCGAGGCAGUCGCAACGCCGCCAGUCGCCGACGAACGAAAGGAUCGCGGUCGUUUAUCGUCACCAGUUUGUUUACGCUGGGAUUUGCCGUGAGCUGGAUGCCCAGCGAUCUCUACUAUAUUUUGGUGGACUGGAUGCCAAUGGGUCAGCUGGAGACGUUGCGCAAAGUGCAGACAUCGAUGAAUCCUCUCCUGUCUCUACUGGAUCCCAUAUUUUUUAGCCUAACGAUGAAACAUCUACAAGACUUCAUUAUACGGUUGUGGCGGAAAUGUACAGCAUGGCUAAAACGUUUUUAA